AUGUUUUCUUCCAAUGGGCUUUUGGUGUAGGAUGUUGGAGAACCAAGAGCAGGAGGUAAGAGUGUUGUCUCCAGGGAACAGGAGGUGAUCACUGUGCGUGUUCAGGACCCCCGCAUGCAAAAUGAGGGCUCGUGGAAUUCUUAUGUGGAUUAUAAGAUAUUUCUCCAUACCAACAGCAAGGCCUUUACUGCUAAGACGUCCUGUGUGCGGCGCCGCUACCGAGAGUUUGUGUGGUUGAGAAAACAGCUACAGAGGAACGCGGGUUUAGUGCCUGUCCCUGAACUUCCUGGGAAGUCACCCUUCUUUGGUAGCUCCGAUGAGUUCAUUGAGAAGCGACGACAAGGUCUGCAGCUCUUCCUUGAAAAGGUCUUGCAGAGUGUGGUCCUCCUGUCAGACAGCCAGUUGCACCUCUUUCUGCAAAGCCAGCUCUCAGUGCCUGAGAUAGAAGCCUGUGUGCAGGGCCGGAGCCCCCUGACUGUUUCUGAUGCCAUUCUUCACUACGCUAUGUCUAACUGUGGCUGGGCCCAGGAAGAGAGGCAGGGCUCUUCUCCCCUGGCGAAAGGAGACCAGCCCAAGAGUUGCUGCUUUCUUCCCAGAGCUGGUAGGAGGAACUCGCCAUCACCACCACCCAGCGAAGAGAAGGACUGUUUAGAAGUGUGGGCUCCUGUUGUUGACUCUGAGGCCCCUUCCUUAGAGAGUCUCACUCCCCCAGCGCCCUCCUCACUGGCACACUGUGAUUUUGCAAGACCUGAUGAGGAAGACUCUGCUACUCAGCCUAUGAGGAGGGUCGUGGGAGGGGACCAGUCAGCCCCCUUGUCUCACAUUGUGCCUUUGGACCCUGGUCAGUUAGAAACAGCCUGGGAAAAGUGA